AUGGGCAAAGGUCUGAAGCGAAAAGUCAAGCGCGCAAGACACUCGUCCCUCGGAAGGCUAGCCAGCCGCCUCAAGGUGCAGUCUGGGAACGAGCAGGGGGGAGAGAACCGGUCAACGACGAAUUCACGACAUUUAUCAGAGGACAUCAUCUCCGACAUCAUGACAAGCCCGACCAGCCCGACGACGGGCCCCGCUGCAGCAUCUGCCGCCGCCGCCAACGACAGCGGUCAGAGCGACGGAAGCGGGAGCCUCAAGCGGGCCAAGACGCACGACGAGGAGAGCGGCGGUGACAACGGCGGAGACUGGGAGGUCAUCACGCGACCGAAAAAGAAGGCCAAGAAGCUGCCCAAACCGGGCAAGGGCUACCCGUCCAUUACCUUUUCGCCCAACGCCCGGCUCAACUCCAAGAUCAACGUCAACAGUCUGCGCGACCUGGUGACGUACAUAUUCGCCGACGGAGCGGGCCCGCAAUGGGUUGCUGUGUCGCACAGGCCCGAGUUUAGGAAGAUUGUGUCCAUAAUGGUUCCUGGGCUCGAGGAGGCUAUGUUCAAGGCGGGCGUGGACCUGGCGGCAUUCAACAGGAUGCGGGAGUACGAGAGGGAGGAGGAGGAGAGGGAGAGGGAGGCUGGCAAGGCACCGGAUCACGGCUUCCCAUCGUCCCCCGACGAAUACUAUCCGCGAAAACUGGUCAAGGACGAUCUCCCCGAUGCGCUGAAGCCGUUCGCCGACAUGUUCCCACACCUGUGGCCCGUCAAGACGCCGGGCGAUGACAAGCACGGGAAGAUGCACUCGCCCAUGACGGCUUUUCUGACAGUGCCAUCGAGGGAUAAGAACAAGAAGGGGUCGGGGGUGAGGCCUGCUUCUGAGCCCCAGGGGUGGAAGAAUGAGCGUACGCGCAUCACCGAAUUCAUAGCCACCGUCGACGACUUGGCGGACAAUGGAUUCGUCAUCCACCCGGCUCUCCUGCCAGAGGGAGAGGCGCGGGAUGCAUUCAAGGCACCCGAGGGAUGGGCCGUGACCAAGGUUGACGAGAUCGAGGACGGCGACGUGCCCGAGAGUGAGAUUCAGCAGGGCAGCAUCACGGCGGGUCGCGAGGUGCUAGCUCUCGACUGCGAGAUGUGCAUGACGGGGGAGAGUGAGUUCUCGCUGACGCGCAUCAGCAUCGUCAACUGGUCAGGCGAGGUGGUGCUGGAUGAGCUGGUCAAGCCGGACAAGCCCAUUGUUGAUUACGUCACGCGCUUCUCGGGGAUCACCGAGGAGAUGCUGGCGCCCGUCACGACGACGCUGCGCGACAUACAGGAGAAGCUGGUGGAGAUACUGCACCCGCGUACGAUCCUGGUAGGCCACUCGCUCGAGUCGGACACCAAGGCCAUCAAGCUGGCGCACCCGUUCAUUGUCGACACAUCCAUCCUGUUCCCCCACCCGCGCGGCCCGCCGCUGAAGUCAUCACUCAAGUGGCUGGCGCAGAAAUACCUGUCGCGCGAGAUCCAAAAGGCCGGGGCCAGCGGCCACAACAGCAUCGAGGACGCCAAGACGUGCCUCGACCUGGUCAAGCAGAAGUGCGAGAAGGGAAAGCUGUGGGGCACGUCAGACUCACAGGGCGAGAACAUCUUCCGCCGCCUGGCCCGGGCGGGCACGGCCUACAAGGCCCAGGGCGGGGCCGCGGCCGUCGGCGGCCUGGAGGUCGGCAAGACGAGCGCGGCCGUCGACUGGGGCCAGCCGUCCAAGGGAGCCGGCGCGGGAGCCACGUACCAGCUCGGAUGCAAGGACGACGAGGAGGUGACGGCCAACGUCAUCCGCGCCGUCAACGGGGACCCGGACGGGCUCGAGAUCCGUGGUGGCGGCGUCGACUUUGUGUGGGCGCGCAUGCGCGAGCUCGAGGCCCUCCAGGGGUGGUGGAACAAGAAUCGCGUCGACGCCGCCAGCAACGGCAGCAGCGACGGCGGACCGCAGGCGAGGGCGCCCGAGCCGGACGGGGACUCGCUCGACAGAGCCGUAGCCAGGCUCUCGGGUCGUCUGAAGCGCAUACACGAGUCCCUACCGCCCUGCACGGCCUUUAUCGUAUACAGCGGCUCUGGAGACCCUCGUGAGAUGGCCCGCCUGCAGCAGAUGCAGUCCCAGUGGCGAAAGGAGUACAACACCCCCGGCAAGAAGUGGGACGAGCUGAGCGUCAAGUGGACCGAUGCCGAGGAGCAAGCACUCAAGAGGGCGGCAAAGAAGGCCAGGGCUGGCCUGGGAUUUGUCGGCGUCAAGUAG